UGAAAAUUUGCCUGAUGCCCUCAAUGUGAGCACGGACUUACCAUAAGUUCACUGUUUGGAACUCUGCCUCACAUCAUGAGGUACUGACCGCCAGGUGCUCCCCACUCACUGGGAGAAAAUUACACUCGGGGAAUUGGCCAACCUGGGUGACGGGUUUGAGAUGCUGGAAGUGGUUGCAGCAGUGCUGUGCCUGCAGGACGGAGUUGUGAGGACUAAAGUUCGAUCUCUUCGAGACAGUGUCGCGAUGCUCAGGAAGAAUAAACCGUUAUUCGAGUUUAUUAUCCGAAUGUUUCUUCCGCGCCAUGAAGGGAUGGUGUCCACUGAAAUGGACACUGAGCGAAACAUUGGAGCGAUCAUCAUGCCGUUUUUCGAUAUCAGUUCGAACCCGUCGUUCUUCUGCCAUUCGAACCAGCCUAUCAACGUCCCUCCUGUCAUGGGAUUUGGAAGCACAGUACCCCGUGCGGACUUACUCACGUCCGUGGGUUUGGACCAACACACGAGCAUACGGGUUGGAAUCUUCAUCGGCGAGGCCAAACGUCCUGAACUAAAAGAGUCUACCUACCUAAAGAUCCAAUCAACUCCUGCAUCGUCUAGCCUGUCAGUGCCAGAAAUACAACCUUCAGCGAGGCCAAACUUUGCACAAGCAUUAAACCAAACAUUCCUCGCAUCGCUGCCCAUAUUGUCGCUUAUCGCCUUGGCUGCGACCAACGGAAAUAAGUUCAGUCCCAACAAACCUCCGCCUCUCCCAAAACACGGGUUUGUUUUUGGACUACGAUAUUCUGCCGAAUUGAUCCUUGUGGAUAUGAUGUUCCCGUCGUGGGAGGUGAAGACGGCGGAUGCCCCCGACGCUCCUGAUGCCCCAUCCUCGGGCUGGGUGUACAACACGGUUGAGCUUGGCAAGUUCCUCCUGCCGGAGAUGUUUGGUGGGGGUCGGUUGUCUCCGGGAGCCUUCAGGUUUAUGAAUUUCAUGGCCCGGGUUCUAGAACAUAACAACGAGUUAUUCGAGGAACUGUCAGCUGCUUCAUUCCACGGGAUCGUGGGAGAAGCAUUUAGGGUUUGGAGGCACCCCGUUAUUGAUGAACGGCAGUGGCUGGAGAACUUGUUACAGCUUGAUCCGGCAUAUGACGAGAUUCUGAGGCACGAGGAAGUUACCACUAUCCAGGAAGAAUACCGAAGGAGACGCGAAGAAAAGGAGGAGAAGCAGGAGAAGAAGAAGCGAGAGAAGAACAAGGGGAAAGAGAAGGGAAAGGGUGAGGGGAACAUUCAUGCCCUGGAGGGUAGGAUGGGGGAGCUGGCGCUGGGAGACUAAUUAUUUUGAACAUCAGCGAAGUUUCCGUACAUGUAGCUACUUGAAUGAUGUACUCUUAGUGCUAAUUAAAUGAUUUAGGAG